AUGGAAGGCUUGUCUGCGGGUCAAGGCAAAGAUGGUUCAUCUGACCCGAGGCAUACAGACGGGCGAAACCUGUGGCUGGAUAAGGAUUUCGUCCGCCCGCCCGGCGGCCGGUGGCUGGGGAGUUCGGGCAGCGGCGGGCUCCGUGAUUGGCUGAGUAUUUUCCAGUUCCUGCCCGAGUGCCGUAACACAGCGGUCAUCGUUCCGCCCCUGCCGGUCUUCAAGAGAGCUCAAGCCAUCAUCCGGUCCCUCUUUGGGGCCGAAAGGGUGGAUGCUGGUGCUGGUGCUGGUGCUGGUGCUGGUGCUGGUGCUGGUGCAUCUGGUAUGGUUGAUUCUGUGGAAUCCGGGACACGUCGUUUUGGUAGUGACGCAUCGACAGGGGAGGCUGGAGCAGGGGAGGGUAAAGCAGGGAGAGCUGAAGCAUCGACUGAUGCUGACCUGCCUGUCCCGGCGGACCUGCCGGCGUUCCUGGCGGUGCACUGGCGGCGUGGCGACUUCCUGGAGUUCUGCGCGCGCUCCGGGCCGCCCGGCUUCUGCUUCUACUCGCCCGUGCAGGCCGCGCAGUGCGCUGCUGACGUGGCGCGCCGCAACGGGCUCGUGAACGUCUAUGUGGCGACGGAUGCUGAUGACAAGGAGUUCCAAGAGUUUCGAGAGACAUUGGGUCCAGAGUUCACUGUGGCGAGGCUCCCCUCUUCCCCAUCCCCUCUAUUGCCGGACCCACAUCAAGACCCUCUUUUGGGGCUUAGGCAAGGGGCUUUCCUCAAUGAUGCAGCAAGCCUGCUGUACACCAUAUUAGACAAGGUUAUAUGUGUUUAUUCUACUGUGUUUCUAGCCACACCAUCCUCUACACUCUCAAAUGACGUCGCUCGGAUGAGGGAGGGGCUUGGCAUUCCUGCUGCAAUCGCUGCUGCUUCAGCUGUUGGAGCGGAGGAGGAAGCAGUGGGGGAGAGUGCAGAGGUGAGAAAGGGGGUUGAAUUUGGAGAGAGUGCUGGAGUAGAGGAGGGGAGGGAUGGGGCUCUGUUCUUCCGGUCCCUCACUGUCCUCCUCGUCCUCUCCCUCUCCUUCCUCCUCGUUUUCCUCUCCACGCUUUUCCUGCAACCCGCCUCGUUCCUUUCCUCGGAUACUGUGGACUUAUCCAUCGGAUCCACCAAUGAGCUGCUGCCAGGUCAGACCCAGAAUGCCUCCCCUUGGGUUCAGGCAUCAGACUCACCUUCGACUACCAGUCAAAAGCACAAUGCAGCGGACCUCGAACCUGGUUACGACCCUGGUUCCGACCCUGAGUCCGAUCUGAACCAUCACGGCCCGGAUACAGUAGUAGCAGAUGGGCACGCGCCAGGGGAAAAAGGCUCUUUGGGAUCUGAGGAGGAGAGGGGGUCGCUGAGCAGUGGCGAGGGUGGGACGUGGCAUGGCAAGCUGGUGUGGACGCCACAGCCCGACAGGUUCCUACUCGCCAUCUGCCUGCGCGGUCAGGUGAACAACCGCAUUGGCUGUCUCUACCGCCACCUCAUCCUUGCAGCCCUGCUCAACCGCACACUGCUCGUGCCUCCCGUGCUGCUCUCCACCUCCCUCUCCUACUGCAAGCACGGCGUCUCCGGCUCCCCCUGCCCCUCCAUCCCACUCCCCCUCAUCUGGGACCUGAAUCACACGCGCACGUGUCUGGGCGGCGACACUGUCCUGCGCACGGACGAGUUUGCCGCCCGGUUCAGCCGCCCGCUGGAGGUGCAUCACAUGCGGUGCUGGCAUGGGCCGGGGGCGACGUGUCCGAAUGGAAAUCCUGGGCUGCUCAAGAAUUGCUUGGUGAAUGACACGGCACAGGGGGGUGGGGGAAGGAGGAGGCUUGGGGCUGUGUCUGGGAUGAGAAAGCUGUUUCGAGUGGGAGUGGGAGUGGGAACGGCGGCGGCUGAUACUGCCGAUGCUGUGAGAGGGUGGUUUGGAGGGGGAUCGAUGACGUGGGUGAGAGGGAGCAGGAGAAGGAAGCUGCAGCAGCAGCAGCAGACCCUGCAAGGCACUCCCUCCCCCAACCGCUCUCCACCCCUCUACACAGUCCAGUCUUUUGCCGACUCGCCCAUCCAAACAUACGCGGCCCAUCUGCACCUGCUGCCCCACCAGCUCUCCCCAGACGUGCACAUCAGCGCCAACGCCACGGCGUCAGCAGUGUGCUUCCCCCGCUUCGUGCAUGUGCGCGACAUACUCCGCGCCUAUGCUCCGCUCUCUGCCUCUGUGCCCGUUCUCGCGGUCGGGGACCUGGUGUUCACCGCCUUCCUCGGCCUCUCAGACAGGUACGAGCCCUUCAAGGAGCGUCUGUUUCGGUACAAACGGUGGCGCGAGCGCAAGGAAGCUUCACAGGAAAGAGAGGGCACCUCGACGGGCGAUUUCAAUGGCAUGGUGGCGAGCAGCAGCAGCCAGGUGAUUCUGGAAUCGGACUUUCUUGGGCCGGCAGGGGGGCGGUGGCUUGGCAGUGCAGGAAAGGGGGGUCUGAGAGAGUGGAGGAGCGUGUUCCACUUCCUGCCUGGCUGCCCGGUGCCCGUGCCCAUUCUGCCCCCCAAGGAGGUUAUUGAGGAUGGUAGGCGGCUUGCCCAAGCCCUGUUUGAUGGUGGUGAGAGGGAUGCCGGAGGUAGCAGUAAAGGUGGCGGAGGCAGCAGCAGUGAUGGCAAUUUAACAAACGAUACACUUGCAGCAGGGGAAAAUCUUCCAGCAGGGGAAAAUCUUCCAGCAGGGGAAAAUCUUCCAGCCGGGGAAAAUCUUCCAGCAGUUUUACCCGCAGCUGCAGGCGGUGCAUCGGAGGGCGGGGAAGGGGGUUACCUGGCGGUGCACUGGCGACGCAGCGACUUCAAGGACUACUGCGUGUGGUCGGGGCCUCCUGGCUUCUGCUUCUACUCCGCGGAACAGGCUGGCAAGUGUGCUGCUGACGUGGCACAGCGCAACGGGCUGAGGAAUAUUUAUGUUGCUUCUGACGCCAAUGUGGAGCAGUUUGAAGAGUUUCAGAAGGCAGCAGGCCCUGCCUUCAAGGUCAUUCGCUACCCAGACAACCCAUCAGCCUUCCUCACAACCCUCACUUCAGAGCCUCUCAUUUCCAGCCUCCCUGCCUCCAUAGAUCGAGAGGAAGCUUCCCUGCUCCUGCACAUGCUCCUUGACAAGCUCAUCUGUGUACGCUCUACAGUGUUCCUCGCUACCAUGUCGUCGACUCUAUCCAACGACGUCGCUAGAAUGCGCGAGGGGUUUGGCGUGCCAGCAGCCUUAGCAGCUGCUGCAGAUCCUGGUGCUGGCACUGCAAGGAAAAUGGUUGCUCCCCUUGAUGCACCGGAUGGUGUUGGGUUGGAAUUUGUGGUGAGCUUGGGUGUAGAGGAACUGAGAGAUGGUGGGCUGUGUGAAGGGGAGAAAGUAUGGCAACCCCUUGAAGGGUUGUUUGGGUGGAUGAAGGACAUGAAAGCCAAGAGAAUGGUCGAGCAUUCAGCAGGAGAGUGGAGAAGAUGA